AAGCUUUGUUUUUGCAGCUCCCCUCCAACAAGUUUUCUUGCUUUUGCUUUUGUUAUUGUGAAUGGUUUUAUUGGUUUUUUCCAGGGUAGAAACAAGAAAGUGAAAAUUAAGAGGAAAAUAAACAAUAAAUACUGGUAGAGAUGAAUCAGCCGGUUUUAUUGUUACAGUUAAUUUUACAUUGAUUUUUAUCAAAAUACUGAUUGAUACCAAAUAUUUCUUGGAAAAAUAAAGUUGUUAGGUUAUAACCCAAACACAGGGGGAUUUUCCAGGAAUAAAUUCCCAAUUGAAGAUGAAACGUAAGAGAAAAAAUGCUUGUCCUUCUCCCUUAUUGGACGAUAGCCCUAAAAGGACAAAAGUACAUGCCCAGAGAAAAUUUGCACAGGGCUCAAAUGUAAAUAGUCCUGUAAUAACGCCAAUCCGAGAGCUGGAAGCUGAAAGUCCAAAACUUGAAGAUUUACCGGAGCCUGUAGAACUGCUUCCUAUUAAAAGACCAAAUACAGAAGAUUUUUUAACAUUUCUGUGCUUUCGAGGCACUCCUGUUUUGCCUGCCAAUCUAAACUUCUUCAAUACCGCCUCCAUAGUGGACACAAACGGCCAAGUACAUGAAAUUAAAAGCGAAACCUCCUUGAAACACGGGCCCAUCGAUGUAGCGAAAUGUGGCACAUCAUCAGAAAAACCCUUUGUGGCAUUUGGUGUUCGAAAACGAGCAGAUCCCGUCGUUAUAAGUCGUCAGAUGGAUCGAAAACGAAGACACGCUCUUGCUCUUCAAGCUCUUCGCCGAAAAUACCAAGAACAAAAGAUGGCAAAGAUUCGUGCCUUAACCAUUAGCAAACUAUCAGAAAAAGUGACAAAUAAAACUUUGGUCAGAACAAAUACCGUAUCAAAAACAGAAACUAUCACAAAGAAGAAUAGUACGCUUCAGAAAACCAAAGUAGUAGCCACCAAGCAUAUAAAAGUGACCACUUUGAAAACCACCCUAAAACCCAAGAUGAACAAGAUGAAACAAAAUAUGUGCUUGCGAAGUUUUAGAGGGCGAUUCAUCCAACAAGAGUUACCAUUUAGGAAAAAGAUGGGUCAGAAUAAACGAAUUGUUAGGAAUGCACGCGAGAAAAGGACAGUAAUACGCAAAAGAAACAAAGAUGCACAAGAGAAGGCGACUUUGCCGGGGACUUCCAAGCAAUCUGAUACCCCAGUUUCUCAGCCCAUAAGGAGAAAAUUGGUCAAGCAGAUUGUUACUCCAAGUUCAGACGGUUCACGCCUCACCAGAUCCAGUUUAACAAACACGAAAUCAGAAAUAAUGAGGAAACAGAUAAAAUGUAUAUUGAUACCAAAUAGGACCAACAACCCAUUAAUUAAGGCUAGACCGAGAGCUCUUAGAUUAACUACAGUGAAAAAAAGUGUUUUGUCUAGACGGAAAAGCAAUUCUUUAAAGACUAAACAAAGAAUGAGAGCUGCGCAAAAACAACAUAACGUGGUUUGUGAAACAAGUGAGAAGACGGAAGAAACUAAACUUAGGAGAUCACCACUGACCAAUAAGAUAGAAUCAAAACAAGUGGAAAAGAAAGAUAUAAAGGAAACAAUAAGUAAAAAUGUAGACACUAGGCGAAUAAAUAGAAAUACUGACAUCAAAAAGGAUUUUAAAAAAGUUGUUGAUAUAAAGAAGGAAAACAGCAAAGUCUCGGAUAGAGAUAGACGACAGCGUACAAGAUCUGUAGAUGUUAAAAAAGAAAUUAAUAAAUCGAGUACCGUUAAGACAAAACCCACUUCAUCAGUGGAAGUUAAAAAGAGUUCAAGAAUGUCCAAUGUAAUUCGCAAAAACGUUGACAUAUUAAAAAGUGCUAACAAGGGUACUCCGGUUGUACAUAAUAAAACUGUUAAAAGUCACACAGAAGAAAGCAGCAGACGCUCUAGCAGAAACUUGGAUACUGCCAAAAAACCUAAAACCCAUACUCAAGAAGCAGUAAUAGAAGAUAAUAAGAGUGGAAUUGAUGCAAAAGGAAAACAGUUAAGUUCAAAAAAUAUAAAAUGUAAAAAUACAGGACUAAGAGGAAAGAUGACUUUAACGAAAUCAAAUCCGUUAAAAGUCUUGAAAUAUAAGCAGAAAAUGGAAGAUCGGCCUCCAGAUUUAGUUAAAACAGAAAACAAAUGUAGUGAACAAUAUAAACAAGAAGAAAUAAAUAAUGAUACUGUAAUGGAAACGAAAACAAUUCAAACGAGAAUAGAAGAUCAACCUCCCGACGUACCUAGUGUAGAAACCGUUAAAAAAAUCAUAGUUAACAUAGAACCUAUUGAAAAAAUUAAUCAAGAAAAUGAAUGCAGUGACGAAGAUCCAGAUGAUAAAGGUUUAGUCAUAGAUGAAGAUUAUAAAGAAAAUGAAAUAGACAGUAAACAAAGUGUUAGUCAAAAUGAAAUAGAAGAUAAAAAGGUUAACUCAGAAAUCAUACCGGAGAGUAUUGAAGGCAGCAAUCAUUCUAAGGAUGUUCACGCGAAACAAACAGUGACAGAUGUAGAUGAUUUAAAUGAAGUGGAAGAAACAGUUGAUCUAGUAGUAGAAGCUAAUGUACAAACAGUUGAUUUAGAAAAUAUAACACAAAGUACACAAGAUGAAAAAAUAGUUGAAAGUUCGGAAACUGUACCUGUGCCUUCCGAUGUAAUUGAUGAGUUGAACACAGUACCAGAAUCUGCUGAAAAUCACCCAGAACAUAAAAGUAGUGAGAAGGAAACAAUAGAAAAAGGACAAAUUAUAGACAAUGUUACUAUAAAAACCAUUACCAAACGUAAAGACAAGGAAAGUGUUAAGGAAUCGGUACACACUGCUAAAGAUGAAACCGAAACAAUUAAGAAAACCACAAAAACUAAAAGUAGUACAAGAAAAGAUGUCAAAGAACAACACUUACGAACAAAAUGUGAGGACGACGUGUUACCAAGAUCUCAAAGACCUUCUAGAAAGACGAAAGAAGCUGCAGCUAUCUACAUGGAAAUAUUAAGCCACAAAUUAGUUAAUGAUAAUCAAAAAGAUGAUGACAACGUUUCUAUAGAUAGCUUUCCGGAACUUCCUAAUGUUAAAAAAACAGAGCAGCGUGAAAUAGAACUUAAGGCAAAGGCAAAAACGUCUAAGGAAGAAAAUAAGGACAAAUUGAAAUCGAAAAAUGAAGAUGUCGAAAAUAUCGUAGAUAAAGAAGAUGUUAAAAAUACAAAUGCAGAAGUAGUUGUGGAUGAUAACUCGACAGGUAAUGAGGGAAAGAGUACAAGUAAAUCAAAACACAAAUUUACUGGUAACGACGAAAUAAUUCCGAAAACCAAAAAUAAAGAAGGUAAAAUCGGUAAACGUAAACCUAUACCAGAUAAUCUCGUUGAGUCAGAUGACACUAUUGAGUCAAAAAUGAUAAAAUCGGAUGCUGAAAAACAGACAUCGACAACCGAUGUUAAAAAUACAAAUGCAGAAGUAGUUGUGGAUGAUAAUUCGACAGGUAAUGAGGGAAAGAAUACAAGUAAAGCAAAACACAAAUUUACUGGUAACGACGAAGUAAUUCCGAAAACCAAAAAUAAAGAAAGUAAAAUCGGUAAACGCAAAACUUUACCAGAUAAUCUUGUUGAGUCAGAUGACACUGUUGAGUCAAAAAUAAUAAAAUCGGUUGCUGAAAAACAGACAUCGACAACCGAUGUUAAAAAUACAAAUGCAGAAGUAGUUGUGGAUGAUAAUUCGACAGGUAAUGAGGGAAAGAGUGCAAGUAAAGCAAAACACAAAUUUACUGGUAACGACGAAGUAAUUCCGAAAACCAAAAAUAAAGAAGGUAAAAUCGGUAAACGUAAACCUAUACCAGAUAAUCUCGUUGAGUCAGAUGACACUGUUGAGUCAAAAAUGAUAAAAUCGGAUGCUGAAAAACAGACAUCGACAACCGAUGUUAAAAAUACAAAUGCAGAAGUAGUUGUGGAUGAUAAUUCGACAGGUAAUGAGGGAAAGAGUGCAAGUAAAGCAAAACACAAAUUUACUAGUAACGACGAAGUAAUUCAGAAAAUCAAAAAUAAGGAAGGUAAAAUCGGUAAACGCAAAACUAUACCAGAUAAUCUCGUUGAGUCAGAUGAUACUGUUGAGUCAAAAAUAAUGAAAUCGGAUGCUGAAAAACAGACAUCGACAACCGAUGAAGUUCAUGUAGUAUUAGAAGCAUGUGGCAUUUUACAGCAGUCGGAAUCGUCUGUUGAAAAAGAUAGUGUUGUGGAGGAAUUAAAAUCUGAGUCGAAUAAAGAGGUUAUGCCAGACCAACCAGUAAAAUUAACUAGACCAAAGAUAGAAAAAUCUGAAUGUAUGGAAUCACCAAAAGCUGCUAUAGAAGAAGCAAAAGUCGUAGAAAUAAGCGAGGAUACAGAAAAUAAAGAAAUAAUAGAUGAAGACCUAAAACAGAAGUUAAGACAAGUUGAAUACACAGACAACGUAGAUUUAGUAGUAGAAAAUGUAACUCCAAAGUUAAAAACAUUUGAACAAAAGGAAACAACAGACUUAGUUGAAAUGUCUGUGGUUGUGCAAGAGCCGACACCAAAGUUAAAAAAAUCAGAGCAAAAGGUGAAAAUAGAAACAGUUGUGGUACAUACAAAGACUAAAUUGAAGACUACUCAUCAAACUGAAACGCCAGACAAAUUAUCGGAACAUACUCAGCCAAAAACAAGAAAAGUUGAUCAAAUUGAAACAUCAGAACCAGUCACGAACGAUUUGCCAUCAAAACUGAAAAAAAGUCAUACCAACAAUGCAGAAGUUUCAGCUGAGACCAAGGAUAAGUUGAUGGAUAAGGAGAAGAUAGUUUCGAAGCCAACAGCAAUUAACGAAUCUCCCAAGAGAAAAUCAAGAAAAUCAGAUGCACCAACGAGAAGAUCUGAUCCUCUGAAGGUAUCUGAAACUACCGAAGAGAGUAAACCUAGGAGGUUUACUCGACACUCGCUUCACGCCACUCGAAGCGAGGAUUGUGAUUCUGACGAGUCGUUCCAUAUUGAUGUUAAGGUACCGAGAAAGAAAAAGAAUACCAGAAGUCGAGGGUCCCAAAGAAGUGCAAAAGGUACAAAGCAAUUAGAAAUGUCAUCGAGCGAUUCGGAUCGAUCUACUACUUCUGAUGUCAAUACUCCCACUUCUGCCAGUAAGGGUAAGCACAAGAAAUUCACCAAAACAAAGCCUGUAAGAAAACUAGAUACCGUUGACAAUACUCGCGAGAACAUGGAUACAGAUGAAGAAGAAGUUCUUAUACCAAAAGGCGAUGAACCAAGUCAAAAGUCUUUGCCCAAAGAGGAAAAGCCAAAGGAUAAUGCCAAAGACACCGGAAAAUCUAAAAAAACUCAGAAUAGAACAGAAAAAUUAAAAUCAAGCAAAUCUCCAGAUAUAGAAAGCACAAAAGUUGAACCAAAACCUAAAAGAGAAUGUGCCAAAUUACCACAAAACUACCUUCCAAUGUUGUCUUCCUCGGACGAAGAUGAAAUAUUUCAUGGGUUCGACGAAAAAACGGCGAAGAAUACAAAAUCGUGUGAAACUUCUUGCGGUCACGCACCUCCUUUAUUAGAUCUUCUAAAUAAGGAUCUGGGAAGGCGGUUUGGGAAGGAAAAAGUGAACAUGUCAAAAGAACAAAUAGAGAAGUGGCUAAAAGAUGCGGCGUUAGCAGGAAGUAGUCUCAAAAAGGAAAAUGAUGAAAUGUUAAAGUUUGGUGAAAGAAUUCCCACAGAAACCAAUAUGGAGAUAGCAGGAGCUAUAGAUACUGAAAAACUAAAACAGUCACUGUCGGAGUUAAGCUCUGCAAAACACGAAGAAAUCGAGUCAAAGUCCGAUUCCGCGAAAAGCACUCCUAUUAAAACUGACAUUUCUAAGCUGUCAGAUUCUGGAAAACCUCAACUGGAUCGAAAAUUAAUUUUUCGUAAAAGUAAAACCGACACCGCGCCUAAUCUGAAUGCUUUCUCUCCGGAAAACGAGAGUAGUGUUUAUGCGUUCGGGGAAGAAAAUGACGAAGCAAUCAGUACACCGUUUAGGAGACCAUCCAGAAGGCCUUCUAGUACAGCUACGUCAAAAUCUGAAGACGAGUCUUGUAAGCAUGAUGAAUCGACUAAACCAAGUCACUUCCGUAAGCCGUCAAUAAAACAAGAUUCUGGAAAAGGUACUAACAAAGACGAAUCAGAGGGCACUUUAGAAGCAGAGGACAGCAAACAGUUUUACGUUCCACAAAAACCUACAGCGAAAUCGACAACGUCCAAAGCUCAAAAUAAGCCAUUAUUUAAGUCGAAGAGUUCAGAAAAAUUGCUAGACAUCGAUGAAUUCAAAUAUAAGAUUCCAAGUUCUCCGAGCGCCAGCUCUUCAUCCAGCGCUAAAUUGUACAAAAGACAGCCACAUAAACAAAAGACCAAGGCGGCUGAUUCGAUAUCUCCCGUGUACGUUUCUGAUUUUCCGAAACCUACUGAACCUGCAAAAUUGGUUGAAGCGCCUGUGUUCCAUCCCACAGAACAAGAAUUUCAGGAUCCUUUGGAGUAUAUAGAACGCAUUCGUCACAAAGCCGAACAAUUCGGAAUAUGUAAAAUAGUACCUCCUAGUAAUUUCAAACCAGAAUGUAAAGUCACGGACGAUAUGAGAUUUACAGCUUACAAUCAGUAUGUCAAUAAAAUGCUGUAUCGAUGGGGCCCCAACUAUAAAGAAUUUGUGGCCAUUAAGAAGUACCUUGAGACUCAAAGUAUUGCGUUAAAUCAUCCGCCUUGGAUUGGCGGAAUGGAGAUAGACUUGCCAAGACUUUACCAGACAGUUCAAAGUUUGGGUGGUUUAAGAGACGUAAUAGAAAAAAAGAAAUGGUCUAAAGUGUCAGAUAUUAUGAAAAUACCAAAAUCUGCUCAAGAUCGUGUAACAAAACUUGACGACAUAUACUGCAAAUACUUGUUGCCUUACGACAUUCUUUCACCAGCCGAAAGAGAAAAGCUGUUUGAUGAGGUCGAAAGUGAAUGGGUAAAAAAAGAAUCCAGAAAAUUAACGAAAACUCAAGGACAAAAAAAUGAUGAUGCUGAAGACAACACCCAAGAAACUGAGGCAGAUGUCGAAGACUUUGAAUCCGAAGAGUGUACCACUAAAGGCCGAAACAUGGCACUGAAUGCUUUUUACCGUAUUGCCAGAAACACUAUGAGCAUGUACUUCAAGACAAAUGACCCACUUCCACAAGAGGUAGAACAGGAGUACUGGAAAUAUGUGAGCAUGAGACAAAAUCACAUAUGUGUCCAUUCUGGAUCCAUAGAUUGCGGAAAUUGGGGAUAUGGAUUUGCAGUAUCAAAAAAUAGCCCGUUUGCAAGACAUCCGUGGAACUUGAAAGUUUUAACUAAUAAUGGAGGAUCUGUUCUUAGAUCAUUAGGUCCUCUCAUGGGUGUCACAGUACCCACACUUCACGUUGGUAUGGUAUUUAGCGCAUGCUGUUGGUAUCGAGAUCCGCACGGAUUGCCUUGGAUAGAAUACCUUCACACAGGUGGGAGUAAAAUAUGGUAUGGAAUUCCUAAUUCGAUGGGCGAGCAUUUCCAUUCUGCUCUAAAUAAUUUAGUUCCCAGUUACUGCAAAGACAAAGAAUUGUGGCUACCAUCAGAUACAGUGAUGGUUCCUCCGAAUCUUCUUGUCGAGAAUCAGGUAUCCUUAUGCCAUGCUGUUCAAGAACCGGGUCAGUACGUUAUUGUAUUUCCCAAAUCUUUCACAUCAAGUAUCAGCACUGGAUACGUAGUUUCCGAAAGUGUCUACUUCGCUCCAAUCUAUUGGCUAAAAACAGCUCGAAGCCUCUUUGAUGCUUUAAGAAAGAGCAAUGAACCGGCUAUGUUUUCCUUUGAUAGGCUUCUAAUAAAUGUUGUAAAUGAUCCAAAGUGCAAUAUCGAAAUAGUACGACAAGCUUUGCCGCUUGCCCAAGAAUUGAGCUGUAAAGAAAUUGAAAAAAGGGAUAAAUUAUACACGUUUGGAGAAAUAAUCAGGGAAAAACUACCUAUUCCUGAGGUUAAUCGAGGAAAGAAGAAGAAAUUUCAACAGGGCGAUGAGGGAGAUUAUGAAUGUGACAUUUGUAGGAGUAGUUUAUUUUUAUCAAUGAUUUUUGACAUGGUAGAAGGUAUAACCUAUUGCCUGGAUCAUGGUACGGAAUUGAUUGAAAAGAAAGAUUUAAAUUUAGCAAACUGUAAGUUUAUGUUCACGUACGACGACCAGGAAUUAAAAGAAUUACCGGAUAAAGUCAAGACGCUAAUAGAUACAAGACAUCAAAAAAAGGUUCCCAACAAGUUUGCUGGACUUCCUACACUACUUGGCAAAUAAAAUUGCGAUGAGGUAUAUGUGACAAAUUUUUAAAUUUUUCGAGCAUUGAAACGUUGUAAUGUUCGAGUGGACUGAAUUAUCGUAUUCUGGCUGUUACGCGAACAAGAUAAUCCAUAUAAAAGUAUUAAUUUCGAAAAUAUCCGUAGCUGAAAUGAGAUUACGUUGUAGGCAUUAUCCUACAUUACGAAUUGAGAUUACAUAUAAAAAUAUUGCCUAUUGUAGGCAAUAUAGUAUUUAUUAUUUGCUAUAUUAGCAUAUUUCAAAGUAUAUUUUAAAUUUAUAUACUAGACCGGUCUAGUUAGACUCAAAAAUAGGAGUGAGGUUACAAUAAUUGCCAUCAAGCUGAAAAUUGGCAGGAUUGUUCAAAAUACCAUCAUAA